GCCAUUGAGCAAUAAAAGAACGAUAGAAGCGCUUUGCGCUGUUCACGGCGCAGGCGCGUUACUUCCUCCUAGAGCUCUCUUCGAUGUGUUUGCGUUGUCUAAACUGCCGGCGAGUUUAACCAAAUAUUUUACCAAUAGCAGCUAUGUCGGGCAGGUCGGUCCGCGCGGAGACACGGAGUAGGGCGAAAGAUGACAUCAAGCGGGUUAUGGCUGCUGUUGAGAAAGUACGAAAUUGGGAGAAGAAAUGGGUAACUGUCGGCGACACAUCCUUGCGAAUCUACAAGUGGGUGCCUGUGACCGAACCCAAGUCAAAUGAUAAGAGCAAAAAUAAGAAGAAAGCCAACAAUGACAAGUAUGGGUCGGAGAUCACAACACCAGAAAACAGCUCCUCUCCCGGAAUGAUGGAUAUGCAUGAUGAUAACAGUAACCAGAGCUCCAUUGCUGACUGCUCUCCCAUGAAGCAGGAGAACAGCAACAGUGCCAGCCCUGCCCAAGAGGCCAUGGCAACUUCCCAGAGUGACGGCAUCGAGGCCAAGAGUGACCAGAGUCAGUCCCCUGGCAAAGAGCAGCUGAAGAGCACAGACAGCAAGAGUGGAAAUGUUCACCCCUCAGCAUUUUCAAACACAAGCACACCUAAGAGAGACCGAAGGUCCACAGGAAGGAAUGAACCAUCCUCGGACACUCCUCAAGAUUCUCAGGUGCUCCCCUCCACCACCAUCCAAGACUAGAAUGUCUUUGUACAGGAAUCUGAAGAUGGCACUCCUCCCAAUAAGAAGGGGAAGUUGGAAACUCCCUCAGAUUUCCUCAAAACCAGCUAACUUAUCUUUUACCAUCACCAAUUCCUUGAUCUGUUGCCAUGUCCUCAUCCCUCCUGUGUCUUAAUUUCUUUAUUUUUCUGAAUUGGUCCAAGUGGAGUCCAGCACCCACCUCUACCCCAAAAAAGACUUGAAAACUUAAACUAAACCAGGAUCAGCUGGAUGGGGCAGUGUCGACCUAAACUGCAGCUAAAUCUUAUUUUGCCACACAUCCGCUAUUUUUGUUCUUCUCAAGUAUAUGUACAUAUUUACUUUUUGAUCAUGCGGGUCAACACACUGUUUGAAUCCUUCCGUCUGAAUCCUCUUAAGAUCUGUUGGUUCUGCUGCUGUUCUGUUUAUUACUUUGACAGUAAAACAUUUAGUUAAUUUAACUAAAGACAACACCUACAUAUUUAGUGCCACUCAGUCAGUCGCAUAUCUAUUUCCUUUACUCCUCUUAUGGAGACUCACUUGUAGCAUAGUCCUGCUACCAGAUUAGUUGUGUACCUUGAAUUACCAGAAUAAUGAAAAACGUGUUGAUUUGUUUAAAUCGUAUGUAUACUUCACUCUGGUAUAACAAGUGCCCAGUUUUCGUUAACCUGUAAAGCAUUUUUCAGUGCAUAUGUAGGCUGUUUGGUUAUAGAUGGCUCUUUGAAUACCUCACUGGAGUCCAGCAGUGCUGGCAACACUAUGUAUAGAUUAUUAAACUAAGUAUAACCUUUAUUUGCAAACUGUAAGUAGCCUAAAUAGUUGUUUCCUUGUUAGCCUUUGCCCAACUAAAAAUGCCUUUUUAAAUUCUGGCCUGGCUACAGAAAGUCAAAUGUUGA